UCGAAACUAGUCUAAAAUGGCGAACGUUCAGGUAAAGGACAUCCGAAAAGAUGAACGUAAACAGAAUUAUGAUUCAUGUAAGGUUGCUCUUGAUGAAACAGGCGAGGCCUUGCUGCCUUUUACGGAGGACAAGCUCAAGGAUUUACAUCAGCAAAUCUCACUACAAGUCGGAAAUCAACCUGUUUGUCACCAGCAAUGCAGUAAGGUUAUGCGAGCUGUCAACAGAUGGUGCAUCACCUGUGGAUUGUGGAGACAAGAGUUGUUACGGUUUCAUACAAAUCCGAAGGAACUGGUAUGGCAUAAGCUUCAAUCAUGGGAAUGGCCGAAACAUCAUAUGAACCUAGUUGAAGUGUUUAUGCUGCAACACUGGGAUAAAGCUAACAUGAAUGCGAGUGAUUUAUCAGUGGCGUUAACCGUGUGGAAAAAGUGUUCAGUCUUUCCAGCCACAAUAUUGCCUUUGGCUAAUAAACUUAAAAAGAGCAGGAACAAGAUAGCUCACGGAAAAUCGCUAGAUGAAAACGAAAAACAAACUGUAUUUAAUAACAUAAAGCAGGUUAUUCAACACGCAGAUGUGGUUAACUGCUUACAGAAUCCCAACGAAAUACAAAACCGUCUCACCGACCUUGAAAAUGGUGAACUUUUUAAAUCUGAAAAUGAACUACGAACUAGACAAUCGUUUUGCAUAGCAGUGUGCAUAGUCCUUUUGGCUAUUGCACUGUUUUAUAUGAUAUCAUUGUACUUCACUAGACCACAAAUCCAAUCAUCAAUGGAAAAAACGGGCUGUCUGCAGGAGUAUUCGCCUUUGCUUCCAACAUCGCCGCUACUUGUAGAUUACUUCAAACAGCAUGGACCUCUCGUUGGCCGGCGAUGGCUGUUUCAGUUAUUGGAUGAACAACUGAAUAAUACCAAGAAAAACGGCAUUCUACUCGAAGCUGACAUGGGGUAUGGGAAAUCUGCUAUUGCUGCUCACAUUACAUGUGCCAAAGAUGGUGAUCAAGGUAUGGAAAUGAGGAAACGUCUUAUUGCUUUUCAUGUUUGUAAAUUUGAUGUCAAGAAAACACACCAGGCAGGAGUCUUCAUUCAACGACUAGCUUCAAUGAUCUCAAACAAUAUUCCAGAAUUUAACGAGACUAUUAACGACUGUUUACAUUCCUUCAAUACCGAGCAAUGCGAUUCCGACCCAUUUGGUUGCAUAGAUGAAUGUAUCAUUUUCCCCUUAAAACAAACGAAUAUAUCCGAUGAAAGAAAAGGAAACAGGCUUAUUUUAAUCGAUGCUUUGGAUGAAUGCUAUGGAACAUUUUUGUUUGAAAAAAGUAACAAAUUGUUCAAUCUCAUGGAACGCCGUGCACAUAUGCUGCCAAGUUGGAUAAAGUUACUGGUAACGAGUAAAAGGCUAUCACGUAAUGAGAGACUUGAAUAUAAUUUAGACAGAAUUUACUUUCAUAACCUUGAACCCCGGAAUUUAAAUGACAUUGAUCUAUAUUUCAACCAGUCUAAUGCUUCUAGAGAAAAAAACGUCACGUUUUUCCAGCUUGCCGUUAAUGCAGAUCCUACACAGCCUAACCAAAUAAGCGAUUUGAAUAGCUAUUAUCGAGACCAGUUUGAUAGAUGGUAUGACCACGGGUUUGAUUUGUCAAAAUCCAUUUUGGAAGCGUUGUUGACAACCUCUCUUCGGAAAUAUCCAGACAAUAUAAGAAAAGUAAUUUCAUCAAAUGUCGUCCACAGUGUAUCACCUCCGAUAUUUGAAAAGGAGCUUUCCAUUAUACGACAGUUCACAGACAAAGUUAAUGGCGAAAUUGAGUUCAAACAUUUUUCGUUAGUUAUGUGGCUGCUAGAAAAGUGCCCCCGUGAGUACAGACUUUCCCUUUCUGAUGGCCAUCAAGCAAAUGCGCAUUAUAUUCUGUAUGAACUAAACACAUCUAAUAUAACUUUUGAUGUCACAGAUUUACUUUUACACAUACAUUAUGCUAAAGCGGAUUCAGGUCUACACGAAGAAUUUAUAAACAUACCGAAACAUGUCAUCUUUAAAAUGGAGGAGAAAUUUCAUGAAGGACCUGUGGUAAGAAUAAUUAAAAAAGGAAAAAUGAAAGAAAUACCGGAGGUAUUGUUCCAUCACUUUCCAGGGGGCAAUCACUUUAGUGCUGAAAACAUUUCAGUGGGGUUUAUUGCUGCAGAAAACGGAUAUACUUACGCUUUAAAGCAACUGGUAAAUCACGAUGCGGAUAUACACUUUCGCAUGCCAACGUUUUCAAAUAUAUUAACGAUGCAUGACGCUGUAGAGAUAGCAACUAAUUUUAAGCACUGGAAUUAUGGGUUGCUAGACAUAGCAGCACAAAACGGACAUACAGAGACAGUCAAACUAAUUUUACACAAUGAUUUAUUCUCCUUUUAUAAGUUACAUGAACGAAACGGAUUAAACCUCUCACCAUGGCAUCUUGCUUGCAUGUUUAAUCGUAGUAAAGUGGUUGAAGUGUUUUUGCAGUUCAAUCGCUCAUUUAUUGACUGGAAAUGUUUGUACUUUGCAGCUGAAAAGGGCAAUAUUGAAAUCGUAAAACUCCUUUUAGAUGCAGGUAUUUACGACGAAUGUGUGUUAUGCACAAAUAAAUUAUACUGGAUUCCAGAUGGCACAGCUAGAGUACAAGGAAAUAUGAUCCCUGAAAACGAUUCGAUGUACGUUCUCUUUGAUGACUGGAGCGAAUUGGCAUGUGAAUCCGCCUUACAUGCAGCUAUUCGACAAAAUCACCUAAAUGUUGUAAGGGAGUUGUUGAAGGACAGCCAGCAUUCAACGCUUCAUUGUUUUGACCGAGGGGGUCGCCCUCCUGUUAUCGCUGCACUUCAAAGUAAUCGUACUGAAAUGGUUAGACUUUUCCUUCAAGUGAGUAACGCGCACAGAAUAAAAGUGCAAUGCCAUAAAAUGGCGGUGUUAAAAGACAAUAUACAAAUACACAACAUAGAAUUGGUAAAAAUGAACACUAUGAAAUGCAAAGCCGGUCACGGUAUUGAGCACGCCAUUUCACCAAUGCCUGUGGUAUUACAAAACAUAUUUGAUCAUACAAAGUUUGACUUUAACCGAAGAGACGAAGACGAUUGUUUACCCAUCCAUUAUGCCGCCUGUGGAAACAACGUUGACUAUCUUCAAUUUUUACUGCAACGUCAUGAGAUGCUGUUUGAAACACUUAUUUGCUUUAAUAACACAAACGCCUUUCAUUCAACGAUUCACUGUAGAGCAUUUGGUACCUUCAUUUACUUUAUUAAUAGCACGUUGUCUAAGUCCGGUUUUGGACAAAAUGUUAAAGAAUAUGUGUUGUACCUGCUCAAACUGUCAAAUAACCAAGAAGAAUACGCAAAUAACGCCACUGACAAAAUAUGGAGUGAAAUGUUCAAACUUAUGAUUGAAAAGUUUCACGUUGAUAUUUCAAUGAUGGUAGAUGAUGACGGUAACAAUAUGCUUCAUUACAUCGUAAAGAACGGACAUUUUAAAUUACUUAAAUAUCUGGUAGCAAAGAAGCGCGAUGCCACUUUGGAGUUAUUGCACAGAAGUUCAUUAAACGGAAAGUCACAAAUUACAUAUUUAGCAAAAUACAUGGCUAAGCGCAUGUAUGUCCGAACUGGAAUACCUUUAUUUACAAGUCCACAUUCAAGCCCACAUUCAGUUCAACAAGAACAGAAAAAGCUAUCGUCUAGUGAAUACUGUUUUUCAUUAAUAUCGCGUUUUUUAAAUCAAUACGGGAUGUUUAAAAGUGAAGACAAGAUUACCAUUAUGCAACAAUUACUUCAAAUAAAAAGUUAUAAUUUAGUUGACGUUUAUCUUAAGUAUAUCAUUCCAGUAGAUGAAUUAUUCAAGACAACCGUGUUUGCUACUUUUCUGGACUUCGACAACACUGGGUAUGUAAUUACGAACUAUCUGUUGUUUCUUCUUCAUGACAUCAAAAUGCAACAGAUUGAUUUUGAAAGAUAUGAAUUUGUCCAUUGUUCUACAUGUCAAGAUCUUCGUUACAAAUGCUUAGCACAUCAGUUUACACGUAAAAUUGCCCUUUUUCAAGGAAAUUUAAAUAUCCAUUUCGGUGAGAUACAGGAAAAGAUAUAUCGUAAUGUAUUUGAACAUAUGAUUGCAUAUACAGAUACAAGUAUCUUAUCAUCUUGUGUGGAUCAACAGGGUUUGAAUAUUUUAGAGUUGGCUAUAAACAGGAAAUCCUUAAUGUUGAUGACAUUGUUUAGGAACAAAGGUGUUCAAACUAAAUCUCCUGAAGAACUCUUACUCCGCUCCUUUAAGGCGAACGAUCAUAUUGAAAAAAUACCAGUUACUUUAGUGAAUUCCACAUCUCGGCAGUCGGUAGAUCUGGUAGAUAUUCAUUUCCAUACACACGAACAAAUCGUGAAAAUAUUUAACACAACUACGAAAAAGGGUAAACAAGGUAACGCCGAGUUAUUGUCCCUUAUGAUGCAAAACGAUAUACACCUUCUUAACAUUGCAUGUGUUCUCCGGGAAAGACAUGACCAUUUUUACGCUAGUUUUAUUGGUAUAUAUAGCUCAAAACUAUCGAAACCUUUUAUUUGCAUGGAUCGUUCAGCGAACUUCUCUCUAAUUCACGUGUUGGCUCUACAUGGCUAUUCGAACACUAUUGAAAGAUGCGUGAAGUACUUCGGAAGAAAUAUUCUUGACUGUUUAAAUAUUGAUCAUUUUACGCCAUUAUAUUUGUCCAAAGUUUAUGACAAGACAAAUACAACAUUUAACACUAUUUUAGAAAACAGUCCAAAUAAACAUCUCACAUUUCCUAGAAAACCAGCCGAAAAACAUUUUCUAUAUAACCUUGUUACCCAAUUCUAUUUUUCGAAAGGCGAACACCGAAAGGCACUGUGCUAUUUGCGAUAUUUAAAUAGACCAAAAAUGAACAUUUAUAAAACUAUAAAACAGUAUAGGUGUUUCAAAUCAAUUACGCAAUACAUUAUCACACCUAAAUCCUAUCAGCGAUUUCUAAAAGAUCUUAAGCUUAAACUGAUUGAGCGUUCUUUUAACGAAUUUCGCCAGUCGUUUUUAGACAAAAUGAAUUAUUUGAAGGUAUCCAAUGCUCUUGUCUCUGUUCCCGUUAAGCAAGAAACACCUAUAAGCUCAAACAUGAUGAAACUCAAACGUUUCAUAUGCAUUCUACAUGUGCGUAAUUAUAAACAAUGUUUAGUUCGAAGAAAUAUAAAAGUUUUGUUACAAACCAAACCGGAUGGUUUUGCCUCUUUUGGUAAGUAUAUCAUCAGACUGACUCUUUCAAAUCGGUUUAAAUACAUUUGUAAAUAUCACAUGGACGCUUUUGAAUCUGAAAUGUUUCGCACACAACAGUCAUCUCAGCGAUGCGUCACCAAACAUUUAUUCAAACGGUUUUGUAUUGAUCCAACGAUAUAUUUUCAGAAAUUUCUUUUAAGAACAGAAUACAUACACUCGCCUGACUUUGAAAAAUCAUUUUCCGGACAAAGAUUUAGACAAGUAUUCCGUAAUACAAACGAGUUUAAGAUUUUUUCCGAUAAUGAAGUAUAUAAAUACAAAUAUAUGGAUGCUUUUAGAUACUAUCCAAUUGUUAAAUUUUCUUUUCAGUAUAGUAUAACAGAUCACCAUAAAAAGAUAUUUCCUAAUUUUGAAUAUAUUAACUCGUCUAUGAGUAGUGACUUAGUACGCAAUGCCUAUACUAAGUUCAAAAACGCACAGGGCGGCGAAUAUUGAUAUUUUACUCUUAAAGGAAGCCAAAUCUAGCAUAUCGUUGUAUUUUAUGUUGAUAUGUGUUAUAUUAUUAAACUAUGUUUGCUGUCAUCUGAUGAGUGUUCUAUCGUAUGUGUUAUUUGUCAUGAUUUAACUAUGUUUGCUAUCAUCUGAUGAGUGUUCUAUCGUAUGUGUUAUUUGUCAUGAUUUAACUAUGUUUGCUGUCAUUUAAUGAGUGUCCUAUCAUAUGUGUUAUUUAUCAAGAUUAUGUUUGCUGUCAACUGAUGAUUGUCCUAUCUCCUGUGUUAUUUAUCACGAUUUAACUAUGUUUGCUAUCAACCGAUAAGUGUCCUAUCAUAUGUUUUAUUAAUGAUGAUUACAGAUGCAUUAUUACUACCAAUAAAAUUUACCAUAUUAAAUACAAUCGUUUUAAUUUACCAAAAAAGGUUUGUAAAUGUCAAAACAAUGGUUCUUAUGAAGGACACUGCGUUUAAUUUGAAAGAAAGGUGUAGAAAACACGGUAUUUGUCUAUAUAUGCAUGAUUGAGUAAUAACUUAAAAGUUUAUUACUCAAACUUUAUGUUUGUUAUACAUGUGUUUGAAUUGAUUUUGAAUAAAAGUGUCACUUUAAUCUAUGUCAGCUGUCACCUCAAUCGUGUCCUAUCUUUGCUGUCACUGAUGAGUGUCCUUUAUCGUAUGUGUUAUUCAUCAUGAUUAACUAUGUUUGCUGUCAUCUGAUGAGUUUUCUAUCUUAUGUGUUAUUUAUCCUGAUUAAACUAUGUUUUCUGUCAUGUAAUGAGAGUCAUAUCUCAUAUGCUAAUAUCAUGAUUAAACUAUGUUUUUUUGUCAUCUGUUGAGUACCCUACCUCAUGUGCUAUUUAUUAUGAUUAAACUAUGUUUUCUGUCAUUUAAUGAGUGUCCUAUCGUAUGUGUUAUUUAUCACCUUUAAAGAAUGUUGCUGUCAUCUGAUAAGUGUCCUAUCGUAUGUGCUAUUUGUCAUGAUUAAACUAUGUUUGCUGUCAUCUGAUGAGUGUCCUAUUGUAUGUGUUAUUUAUCAUGAUUAAUCUAUGUUUGCGGUCAUCUGAUGAGUGUCCUAUCUCAUGUGUUAUUUCUCAUGAUUUAACAAUGUUAGCUGUCAUCUGAUGAGUGUCCAUUCGCAUGUGUUAUUUAUCAUGAUUAAACUAUGUUUGCUGUCAUCUUAUAAGUGUCAUAUAGCAUGUGUUAUUGAUCAUACCUAACCUAUGUUUGCUGUCAUCCGAUGAGUGUCCUAUCUCAUGUGUUAUUCAUCAUGAUUAAACUAUGUUUGCUGUCAUAUGAUGAGAGUCCUAUCUCACGGUUAUUCAUCAUGAUGAAACUAUGUUUACUGUCAUCUAAUAAAUGUCCUAUCUCACAAUAUUUCAUAAUGAUUAGACUAUGUUUACUGUCAAUCUAUGAGUUUCCUACAUCAUUUGUUAUUGUUCAUGAUUAAACUAUGUUUUCUGUCAUCUGAUGAGUGUCUUAUCUCAUGUGCUAUUUGUCAUGAUUAAACUAUGCUUGCUGUCAUCUGAUGAGUGUCCUAUCUCAUGUGCUAUUUAUCAUUAUUUAACUGUUUUUGCGGCCAUCUGGUGGAUCUUACGGUUAUUCAUCAUGAUUAAACUAUGUUUACUGUCAUCUUAUGAGUGUCCUACCUCGUUUGUUAUUUAUCAUGAUUAAACUAUGUUUGCUGUCAUUUGACGAGUGUCCUAUCUCAUGUGUUAUUUAUCAUGAUUAAAUUAUGUUUGCUGUCAUCUGUUGCGUGUUCUAUCGAAUGUGUUAUUUAUCAUGAUUAAACUAUGUUUGCUGUCAUCUGACGAGUGUCCUAUCUCAUGUGUUAUUUAUCAUAAUUAAACUAUGUUUGCUGUCAUCUGAUGAGUGUUCUAUCGAAUGUGUUAUUUAUCAUGAUUAAACUAUGUUUAAUGUCAUCUGAUGAGUGUUCGAUCGAAUUUGUUAUUUAUCAUGAUUAAACUAUGUUUGCUGUCAUCUGAUGAGUGUCCUAUCUCAUGUGAUAUUUAUCAUGAUUAAUCUUUGUUUCCUGUCAUCAGAUGUGUGUUCUUUUUUAAGAUUUUUACCAUGAUUAAACAUGUUUAUAUUGUUGUCAACUGAUAAGUGUCCUAUCUUACGAUUUAUUUAUCAUUAGUCUACUAUGUUUGCUGUCAACUUAUAAGUGUCUUACCUUAUUUGUUAUUUACCGUGAUUAAGGUAUGUUAUGAGGAAUGUCCUAUCUCAUGUGUUAUUUAUCAUGAUUUAUCUAUGUUUGCUGUAAUUUAUGUAUUUCCUAUCUUACGAGUUAUUUAUAAUGAUAAAACUAUGU